ACGGAGGAUUUUUAGAAAAUCCGGAAGGCUUUUUCGGGUUUUGGAGGUUGUUGGUUGCCUGGAAAAUCAAUAAAGGCUUAAUUAAAAAAUCGACGCCGGUCAGUCGAUGUAGUUAGGUGUCUAGUUUAAAAUAAAACAAACUCGAACUCUCCAGCUUGAAGUAUAUUAAAAAAUCUUGGGACGCCGUUCAGGGUCCUUUUUGGACCUUGAUCUCUGGAAAGCUCCUAAACCGUAAGAUUUGGAGACAAAAAAGUUUUUUCAUUCUCGUAACUAAUUGUGCCGAACAUUUAUAGAAAGUUUCGUCAAGAUCGGAUGCACGGUGUCCGAGAUAAUUUCUGAGGGGGGCGGGGGGCCUUAAUCGAUACAUAACUCUUUCAUUCGAUUAAAUCCGAUAAAGAUAUUAUUGUUAUACUCGCAUAUUUAUUUACAAAAAUGCCAUGGCAUUUAUCUGAUCAACAAUAUCAGACAUUAAAAUCAUCUCGACGUGAACAAAUGUUUAAUUCAAAAUUAUUUUUACCACCUGUAAUGGAAGAAUUUCGACAACGAAUUCAUACAUAUACUGAAAUUAUAAAACAAGUUUAUGGAUAUUAUAUUGAAAAUGUUGUAGACGUACGCGAAAUUAUUCGACAUGAAAUUAUUCUUGAAGAAUACAUAUUACCUUUUUCCAAUAUUUCUUUUUAUUCUACAGUUGAUAACUAUGAUAAUGGUACAAUUGAAUAUUAUUUACAUCAUCAUUAUAGUGAACAUGAACAAAAUAGAAGUAUAUCACCAUUUGUUGGUCUAUCUGGUUUAACACAUGAAAUUUUUAUGAAAAAUUUUAAUAGUCAUUCUUGGGAUCUGGCUUAUUAUAUAGAUUUAUCGAGUAAAGUUAUUCAAUUUGUUGAUAUUGAUUGUAUGGAUAAUACUGGUGUUGCAUACCAUUUAAAUAGUUAUGCGUACGAUUUUUUUAUAAUUGGUAGUCAAAAAUUAUUAAUUGAAGAAAAUACUCUAGAACGUGGUAAUGUAUAUAAUUUAUUAUUGGAUUUUAACUUAGUUAUAUCUUCAAUAAAAAUAUCGUUAGAAAUAGUAAUCGUUGAUGAAAAAAAACAAAUAUCAUCCGAUUUAAGAUUUUUUCAACAGCUAUAUGAUAAAAUUAAAAUUAUACACAAAAAUUUAUGCACAUAA